ACAUACAUAUUUUUUCAGCCAACUAAUUCUGCAAUAGCAGAAUUUUGUAUUCAAGAGUGGGAGUUUUAGAAUUCACAAAUCCUCCAGACCAGAAAUCCCCCAAAACGCAAUGCCGCGCGACUACGACAGAGACUACAACGAGGACGCCGCCGACUACAAGCGGAAGCGACGCGACGAGGAGCCAGCGGCUACCGGUGCUCCAGAGACCCCUGAGGCGGAUGGCGGCGGACACACCACCAGCCACGCCGCCCUGCGGGAAACGCCCCAGCUGAAUGAGAAGACCAACGCGUACCUGCAGGAGUGCCUGCUGGAAAAGAAGACGCUCGAGAAGAAGCACAUCAUCACCAAGCGCUUGCUUGACGACGAGGUGGAGAAGAUCUUGGUCAGCGGCCGCAUACCAAAGCCCGAGAUAUAUGCCAACGUGUACAGCGAAAAGCCCAUCCGCGUGGCCCAGAAAGUCUUGUUCCCCAUCAAGGAGUACCCCAAGUUUAAUUUCGUUGGCAAGAUUCUGGGGCCCAAGGGCAACACAUUGCGGCAGCUGCAGGAAGAGACUAUGUGCAAAAUGGUGGUGAUGGGGCGCAACUCGAUGCGAGACCACGGUAAGGAGGAGGAGCUUCGCAGCUCCGGAAAUCCAAAGUACGCCCAUCUCAGCCGCGAUUUGCACGUGGAGAUAUCCACGGUGGCCCCUCCAGCGGAGGCCUAUCACAGGAUCAGCUAUGCGCUAGGCGAGAUCCGCAAGUUUAUGAUACCCGACGCCAACGACGACAUUCGGUUGGAGCAACUACGCGAGAUGGAUGGCAAGGAGCGCAUGUACAAGAAGUCUCACCACUAUUCCAAAUCCUAUGGCGACCAUGGCGCCUACAGUUCCCGCACCCCGCCUCCUGCUUCUUCAAAGCCAAAAGUCUAUUCCAUUCUGGAGAAGGCUCGAUAUGUGAUGGACGAUCCCAACUAUGCGAUUGUAAAGACGCACAGAUCACGAGACCACGAGCUAUAUGACCACCACGGAGAAUAUGAUCGCUAUGCCACACCGCCGCCCCAAACAUCAAAGCACUCGACCCACCACGCCCAGUAUGACAGUAGCUCCUACGAGCGCGACUAUCGGCGUGAGUAUCACCCCCACUCGUCCUCCUCUUCCUACACGACGGCCUAUCCAGCAAAACCAAGCAACGGUCGUUCAUCAUCGUCAUAUCGACCAACCACCUCGGGCUCGGGAUCACAUUCAUCUGCUCACUACGAAACUGGAUCCCGAUCUCGUGAAAGCGUGCGAUAUCGCUCGGCUCCAUAUCCGAAAAUACGUUAACCCAUCGAUUUUCCAAAACACCAAGAAACCAACCCCAACAACAACUACAACAACAACAACCACAACUAAACAAAGUUAAGCGUAAAGAUUAAAAUAUAUUCCAACGAAUUAUCAAAAUGUUUGAAGUCAACAAUCCAACUAUGCACACCUAUUAAAUAUAAUAUAUAAACGAAAAUCAAAUAAAAAACGUAAAUUUUUAUUGCAAUUGUUGUCCGAUAUUCAAAUUGUGUUUAAAAUUAAAACAAGAAACCAUUAAUGCAACAAAUUUUAUCCUCGAAAAGAUUGUAAAAACAAAAGACAUACUUCAAUCAACCUAAUACUAGUUAAAGCCAAUACGAAAAGAGAUCUAAACACAAGCGAAAACCCCCCAAAACAAUUAAUUUAUCAAAGCAUAAUGUUAGACUAAGCUUGAAAAUAUUGUUUCAUAAGAUAAUGGAGAUAAAACCAACAUAAAAAGCAAAAUAUAAACUACAAAUGUAUGUGCCCAACGACAAAGUAAGUAUCGCCUGCGGACAGAGUAUGAAUGAAAAAACAACAAACCACACUAUUCAACAGUUAAAUAAAUUAACCAAAUGCCGGCUUCGUUACAAAUUCCGAAUAGCAAAGAGUAUUGUGAAACGUUAAACGUUGUCGUUUAUAAUUAUGAUUUCUUUUUUGUUUGUUUUCUUUGCGAAUCAACAAUUGUUUUAAACCUUAAAUAUUAUUUUUAACAUAAAACCAUAAGGACGUUUAGGACUGAAUUUGUUUGCCGCUGAAUAUCCCUAAAUAAAGUAUAAAAGUAUAAUCGA